AUGAUGGGACUCGCUUACGAUUGCCUACUAAAUCCACAGAGAGCUAUCCGAAUGACAUUUCAAAAUGAGAUUCUAAAGCCUCUGAUCCAGCCGCCUUCGACGGUUCGAGUUCUGAAUCCUGCAUCUAUAGCACGAUUGAAAUCCAAUAAUCUUGUUCGAUUUCGGGGAAUGAUUCAAGAUAUGCUUGGAAAUGAAUUGUAUGUUGGCAUGUACAAGGAUGGAGAAACUUGGAGAACGAAUAAGUUUGGUGAAUUCUUUCAAUUACCUAUGGCUAUAGGAUCUUCACCUGACAUGCGAGCGUGGGAGCAGCGAUUACUUUACUGUAUUCCUAUUCUAAGGCAGAAUUCAUGGAUUGAAUAUUCCUCUAAACCCCUACCCAAUCCAAGUUCAGAAUCCUCAUCUCCACAAAGGGAGAAAUGCCAUAGGGAGGUUGAUACAACAAUGGAUGACAUUGAUAUGCAAGUAUGUUCCAUUUUGGUUCAUCGCAUUGCUAUCCAUCAACAUCUAAUUAAGCUUCUUGAUUUUGUGUUAAUACAACAACGUGAGAAUGGGAUCGCUUCCAAUUCAUCCAAUCUAGGGGACACUCCAACUGCUAACGUUGGUUCAGCUACGAGUGUGCUUCCAUAUUUUGACAGAACUUCUUUGUCAUGUCUUCUUAAGAUAUAUGACUCUCCUGAAUCUGAUUUAAAUCUAAAUGAUUUUUUUGAGUUCAUUGGUGUCUUAACAUUUGAUACGGAGUUUUCGGUAGACAAAAAUGUUGACAAUGAUUUUAUGGGAUAUUUGGGUUAUGAUGAUACACAAACUCAAAUGCCUCCAACCAAGGUAUUUUUCUUGUAA